UUUCCAUCUAAAGCGUCCGGCCAAAGCAGUAGACCACUCCUGAAAGACCACUGUUUCGUUGAUCACAUGCUUGCACAACACAGCAUGGCAAAGGCACAAAGCAAGCUGCUUUGCUCAGUGCGUGGCAAAGAAAACUAACAAAGCGACAGAUCGACUUUAGUAUCGAUUCCCUUUUCACUGCGUCGCGCCUCCUUGCGUGACCGACUUUGAGCCCCGUCUUCCCAUCCAUCUUCACUCACAAGUCACUAGCCAUGGUCCUGCCCAUCGCCAACCUCUCGGCCGUCGUCACGGGCGCCAUGGACGCGGCCAAGGCCUUGGCCACCGAGAUGCUCCCAGCGGCCGUGACGAGGGACGCCGUCGUCGAGGCCGCGAGAGCUGCGGUGGCAUCGUUCCUGGGCCAUCUCUGGGCCUGGCUCGCCAGAGCCAGGGCAGUUGCCAUCGACAAUCUCCCGGGCGCCGCGGCGGCGGCCAGGACCGCGGCAGGACCAUGGAUCCAGACGGCGGACAAGUUCUUGCGCGGCCUCUACGGAUGGUUUGUCACCGCGGCCGUCGCGAAGCUCCCGGACGCAGCCGCCGAUAAGCUCAUGGGCGACGCCGCGGCGUGGUUCAUGCAGGGCCACGGCAUCGCAGUGUACACCACGCUGGCGCUGGUUUUCCUCGGCGGCGCCGUGUGCGCCCUCACUUGCCGGACCAUGAAGGGCCCAGGGCUCGGCGGCGCGCGUAUCCCCCGUGCCGUGUUCGAGGCGAGCCCCAGGCGCUACUACGCCGCCGUCCGGACCGCGGAAAAGGCGCGCCGCGGCGCCGCCUCCUCAGCUGGAUCCAAGCUGCUUCCGGCCGGGCUCAUUGUAGUAUGCAUGGCCUACCUGGCAGCGAAGGUGUUCUACUGACGUGCUUAAGGUGGCCAGAUCUUGGAACCACAAAUGCUUAUUUAUGGUGUAUGCUUGCAAAUUAUGUAUGCAAAUUUGCGAUUGAUAUGUAACUUUAAUUGUUGCAUCUGAAUUAAAUCUUUCAACGUCU